GCAGCUUUCCUCCCUCUCUGGCAGCAUGUUCCGUGCCCGAAGGUCGCUGUGGACAUUUGUCAAGCUCUCUACAGUGUGAGAAGAAGAUCUACAUCUACAUCUAGGUCCAUACACUGCAAACUGCUGUGGUGUAUAUAAAAGAGGGUGAAACAGUAGAACAAUGUCUGGAAACUUGAAAAUUAUAAAUGUGACGAUAGCCAAUGUAGCUGUUGCAAUGUUGGUCUUUGUGGUUUUAAUGUGGUCCCCUUCAAACUGUGAGCUGCAUCAUGAUGAUUAUAGCAGAGGCUGUUCAAGAAAUUCCAGUGCUGAAUGUUCCAACCAGUUGAACCAGGAAGACAAAGAGACAUUUAAUAAAGCAAGGGGAUAUGAAGCCUAUGGCAACAGUGUAACGUGUCGUAAGGGCUGGUGCUUAACUCAUCAGCAGUGCCAGCAUGUUAGUGGAUAUUACUGGGGACUCUGUACCUUGCCAGAUUCAACAAGUGGUGUCUGUUGCCACAUUGCACACAAGAAGACACCAAAGGAAAGUUGCAACUUAAUCUCAAGUGAACCUCAGGUUCUAUUUGAAAGCCCAGGCUUUCCUGGUCCAGUAGGACAACCUGUAGUUUGCAGUUUGGCAUUAGUGACAUCUCCUGGAGACUGCGGUGUUCGGUUAGACUUCGUACGUGCAAAUCUUACACCUUCAAUGGAUGUAGUGUGUUAUCAAGACAUCGUCAUGCUGAUUUCAUCUCCGUCAACAGUACAAAGUGCACCUUUUUGUGGCAUGAUUGAAGGUUACUCUACUGUACUUGAGAUAGCUGGAGGAUCUACUGUGACUCUUGUUGUCCUGACACAAAAUCCAUCAUCUUUUUGGAAGUUCCAUAUUGGCACCAUCAGCUGUCAACAUAACAUAGCUCCACCAGGAAAGGAUGCAUGUGGAUUGCGAGGACCACGUCAUGCACGCCAUCGGUGGGAUAAGGUUGGAGAAUGGGAUAAAGUGGUUCUGAAGAAGAAAGAGCAAGACAUUCCAAGUACACAUUCCAAUAAAGCUCACUCCAUGAAACAAGAGGCUGAAAAGUUCCUUGCUGCUUUCAACCUGCGGAAUGAUAUUGAUUAUGGAGACGUGUCUGAAUAUUCGAAAAAUGUGAAUAACUCGAAAGAGGAAAACUAUGAACAGGUGCCAUCUAAUAUUAAUGCUGCAGUGAGAGGACAUCAGGACAGCAGGUUCAGAUUCAUCAUUCCAGUCGAGAUAAACAUCAAUGAGCAACACGGAGGGAUUUUUCAACAGAAUAUUUUCAAUAUUGCCAUACAGCUUUGGAAACCAGAUGGUACAGAUGAUAAAGGAACAGGGUUGCAACCCAAACAAAAAGACUCCCAAAGCACAGGAAACACUAAUUUGGAUUUAAUUGCAGAAAAUGGGCCUAACAAAAAUGCAACCAGGACGAGCAUUACAGAAGUUGCUGAUAAGCACAGCCUGGGGAAGCUUGGUACAAUUUCUGACAGCACAAGUGAGCACCCAGUUAAGAAACUUGACUCAACAGAUGGAUCAAUUAGACAGUCUGAUGUUCAGCCUCCAAAAGAAGAGCUGGCUGAUGACACAACGCGGAUCCUUGGAGGGAAUCCGGUGCUGCCACACCAGUUCCCUUGGCUGGCUGCCCUCCUGCUGGAUGGAGAGCUACAGUGUGGUGCAGUCAUCAUCUCCCAUCGCUGGCUACUCACUGCAGCUCACUGUGUCACUCUGUACUCCAGCUCACAGCCUCUUCUGGCUAGAUUCUCGGUGUACUUGGGCGCACAUGACAUAUCUGCACUCUCCGAGCCUCAGCGUUUACAGAUGACACUCAGUCGUGUGGUUUUUCAUCCAGGUCAUUUGACUAUUCUCAGAGACAUUGCUCUGCUUGAACUGAAGGAAAGCAUCAGUUACUCAUCUGUGAUCAGACCAAUUUGUUUGCCAAAUGCUGAACAAUUUGAAGCUCUAGAAGAGGCAGGCACCCUGUCAGAGGUGCUGGGCUGGGGAGAGGUGGGAAACGGCCAAGUGUCGGCACUGCCGCUGCUGGCCCCGGUGCAAGUGGUGGGCCGUUCCACCUGCCAGCGUGCCUGGGCUGCACUUGGGGUCACACUCCCACCCUACACCCUGUGCUCUGGCUCACCAACUGCUGGCACUUGCAAUGGAGACAGUGGAGGAGCCCUGAUGGCUCAGGAUGUUGACGGACUUUAUUAUGCCACAGGCAUUAUCAGUUUUGGAGCUCCAAAAUGUGGCACUCCUGGUAUCCCAGAUGUCCACACUCGCAUUGUCUCCUACCUGAAUUGGAUUUCUUUGGUCACCAGCGAUGGUGGUGCCUGGAAUUACUCAUAAAUGGUGAUUUAAUUUUAUCUUAUGGUUGUGAAAAUUAGUUAACACACUUAUGAAAUACAUUCUGUAGUAAACUGCAAACAUAAAUUGACACCUGAUACAGAGAUUGUAUGAAACAUAACACAUGCACUCACAAGACUGAAUUUGUAACACAUUUGUUAUUCUUUGAUUAUCUUAGUCAAUGUGCUAGUGAAACAUGAGGAAAUAAAAAGCAGAAACAAUGGCCUUAAAACACAGAAACAAUGGCCUUAAAACAAAAAAGAUGACAGUGUACCUUUUAUAAAGCUAUAUUCCAUUCCACACAAUUCAUUUCUCUGUGACUGAAUGCACAGCACAUAUUUAACGGUUUGUCCUAAACUUUUCAGUGGAUGCUGUUAGUCAGCUUGUAGUAGGUGAACAUACAGAAUUUGAGAAGAUAUGUAAUGGGCAGUGUAAGAGAUUAAUUUACGCAGGAACUGUUAAACAUCCAAUUGUUUUCCAGGAUGGAGAAAACAAAUGCUUCAAACUAACAUGUGAAGUUACUGAAGCAUAAUCAAUAUUAAUGCGAUGAAGAACUUAUUCCCAUUUCAUUCUUAACUGAGUUAGCAAUUACAUAUACUUACAUAUGUGGUAUAGCCAGUAGCCUCAAAUACUAGUCAUCAGUUAAAUAAAAAGAGGAUCUUGCAACUUCGGCUGUCUUUAUAUUGAAGCAAUUUCCUUUUUAGGUUUGUGAAUAUUGCAGUGGAUGCUUUCAUGCACAACAGAUAGAAAUCUGUAAUGCUAUUACACCUGAAAAGCCCAUGAAGAUGAUCCUAGAAACUAUAUCUCAUUGUUUAAAUUUUCAUUAACUAAUGUACACUUUAGGAAACAGAAAAGUCAAAGCCAGAUGUUAAUAUCGGAUUUUUGCAAGGGUUACAUUUUAUAAUUUUGUGUUGAUUUUAAUGACAACAUUUUUAAUAAUUAUAUUUCCAAAAUAACAUUUUUUUAAAAAAGGUAGUGUUCUAUUAAAUCAAGAAAAGCAGGGCUUUAAAAAUAAUUAUAUGAAUUCUGCAGCAGACACUUAUUAGCAGGGCCAAAACUUUGAGUAUUCAAUGACUUACUAAAUAUCUCCUAAUGUAAUCUUCUUUAUACUGAAUGUUGUAUACUUUUGUAUCAUAGUGAUCAGUCAAAUGCGAGCUAUACUUCAUAGCUUCAUAAACAUAGGUUCAUAAACAUAGAUCUUGUAAAUUAAUGCUGAUAUUUCAUGUAAAUUUUGUAUAUAUAUUAUAUGGAUAAAAUUAUGAGUAAGUUUUAUCUACUGGUAGUCAUUUCGAAUCAACAUGACAAAUAC